UAAACACUGUUAUCGGUCACACUGAGCUCAGUCAGCGCUGUGUGUGCAUGUGAGAGAGUGUGUGUGUGUAUAUGUGUGACUGUGGGGGACCGGGUCGCUGAUGUAGGCAGGCUGAUCACAGAUCAGAUACAUGCGCUUCAGAUCCAUAAAGCCAACUCCCCCUUCUCUCUCUUUCUCCCUGUCUCUGCCUGUCUCUCCGCCUUUGAUCUCGGCGCUCGGUUUGUCCUCUGUCUGCUGCUGCUGCCGCUGCAGCUCUGUGUUGUGCUGGGCUGGAGGCAGCAGCGCUGGCACGGUGAGCAGACCGGUGCGGGAAACACACCACCACACCUCUCGCCGGUCUGCUUUCGACUCUUAAGAAACAAAAACUUGGAUCCACAGGCUCCGUUUUCAGCAGCUUCAGGCAACAAGUGGCUGAUCAAAAUGGUCUGGAGUCUUCAACACACCUUCUCUCUUUUACUAACUGUGCAUGUCUUAUAUUCUACUCUGAUUCCUGUGCGGGCCGAGGAGGAGACCAGAGAAUGCAGAGAACAGGAGUACAAGGACCGGUUUGGGAACUGUAAACCCUGCAAGCAGUGUGAUGCAGGACAGGAGCUUUCAAAGGAAUGUGGCUUUGGUUAUGGAGAGGAUGCCCGGUGCGUGCCCUGCCGGAGCAGUCGCUUCAAAGAGGACCGGAGCCUGCAGAAGUGCAAGCCCUGCCUGGACUGUGGCCUCAUCAACCGCUUCCAGAAGGGCAACUGCUCCACCACCAGCAACGCCGUGUGCGGCGACUGUCUUCCAGGAUAUUACAGGAAGACAAAAUUAAGUGGUUUCCAAGACAUGGAGUGCAUACCCUGUGGGGACCCUCCGCCUCCUUAUGAACCGCACUGCAGUGGACGUGUGAACCUGGUGCCGCUGCCCUCGGUGGUGACUAGCCCUCGGGACAUGGCGCUAGCCGCGGUCAUCUGCAGCGCUCUGGCCACCGUGCUGCUGGCCCUGCUGGUCCUGUGUGUCAUCUACUGCAAGAGACAGCUGCUGGAGAAGAAGCCCAGUGCCUCCCUGAGGUCUCAGGACUGUCCGUACAGCGGGGCGGAGCUGUCCUGCCUGGACCCCCGCUGGCUACAUGACUUUCCCCAGAGACCCUGCUGCCAGUGUCACCUGGGUCCUGGACACACCUGUGGUCCAGUCCACCUGAUCCCAUCUCUGUGCUGUGAUGAGAGCUGCAGUCUGGGCCGCAGCCAGGACAACAGUCCUUUCCAGUCCCAGAUGAGCCUCAGUGAUGGAAAUACAAACCUGGACGAGGAGGGUGCCCCGAUGCAGCUGGCAGGACAUGCAGAGUAUGUCACCGCAGAGGCUGGUGGGAUGAUGGGGAGCUCAGAGGUUGCAGAAAGACCGGAGGUGGAAGAGGAAGAGGAUCGUGAGGGUGAUGAGGAAGAAGAAGGGUGCAGGUCAAGAGGGAAUUCACUCGACACGACCAGACACAGCGAAGCCGUGACAGAUACACUUCUUCCCAAACAGCACCCAUCAGCUCAGGAAGGAUGACAUGGACUUCUUUGGCUCGCGUUCCACCCUUGAACCACCCUGGACUCAACAACAGCCGCGGACAGAUCCCGUUUCAGAUUACUCCCCCCCCCCCCCCCCACUUCGAAAUGUGACCUCAGAGCCCCUUGUCAAAGCAUCCUAACGGAAUAUGUACAUACAUGCAAACGAAAAGCACUGCAACAUACA